AUGCGUCUCAUCAAGGCAUUCUCGACUGGCGCGUGCAUCCUUGGCGUCGUCGUCGUCGAGGCCCUCCCCCGCCGCGCUUACAAUUUGGCUAAGAGGCAGGUCACCGAGCUCCGGCAGGAGUACGACUUCGUUGUCGUCGGCGGUGGUACCUCCGGUCUGACCAUCGCCGACCGUGUUUCGGCUGCCUUCCCCGAGAAGAACGUCCUAGUCAUCGAGUACGGCAAGAUCGAGGGGACCAUUGGUUACUACGAUCCGCCCGAGGAUGGCCGUGGAGCCAGCCGCCUGGUCAUCAGCUCCCCUCCUGUUGCCAGCGUCAACAACCGUGCCGCUACUGUGAUCCUUGGCAUGACUGUUGGCGGAGGGUCGGCUGUCAACGGUCAAUUCCUGGACCGUGGUUCCAGGUACGACUACGACGAGUGGGCGCGACUCGGCAGCCCUCAGUUCAACGACAGCCAUGAUAGUUGGGACUGGGAGAACUUUGGCCCUGCGUUCAAGAAGGCAAAUCCUUCCUUAUUCCUUACUGAGCCCAGCGACGAGCUUGCCGAGGAGUACGGCUACACUUGGAAUGCCUCCGCGUACACCGGCGACUCGAUCGAGGCCUCUUUCCCGCCCUUUCAGUGGCCCGCCCAGCGGAUCGGAUGGCGGGCUUUCGAGGAGUUCGGUCUUGAGACCCCUGUCAGCUGCGACGACGGGAACAAGCACGGCAUCUGCUGGGUUCCCUCGGCCCAGAACUCAGAGACCGUCGAGCGGUCCCACGCCGGUGUUGGUCACUACACCAGGAUCGCGGAAACCCGUCCCAACCUCGACCUCCUCGUCGAGCACAAGGUCACACGCCUCGUGAUCGACAAGGACAAGAAAAGUGCCCCCGCCAUCGAGUUUCGCCCUGUCGCCGGUGGUGACGUCCGGACCAUCCGCCCCAAAUGCGAGGUCAUCCUGUCGGCCGGCGCCGUUCACACUCCCCAAAUCCUCCAGCGCAGCGGCAUCGCCUCUGCUGGAUACCUCGAAUCAGAAGGCAUCGAGCUCGUCGAGGACCUUCCUGGUGUCGGGCAGAACUUUCAAGACCACUGCGGCAUUCCCUUGGCAUACUCUUACGACACUCCUCGCCCUAACGAGGCCGACGUUGCCAACAACGUGACCUACGCUGCCGAAGCCGUCGCCCAGUUCCGCGAGCGCCCCGCCCGUGGUCCUUACACUCUCGCCAUGGGCAACAGCGCUGCCUACGUUGCCCUCCGACACGUCACCCCCGAUUGGGAGCAGAUCGUCGCAGACAUCCGCGCCCGGAUCGGAGACCGUUCCGUCCUCCGGUAUCUCACCACCGGCGCCACCGAAACCGUCCAUGAGGGCUACAUCGCGCAGCUCGAGAUCAUCGCCCAGGCGCUCGAGCACCCCGAGCACCCUAUCCUCGAGAUGCCCUUCCAGGCGGGGCCCGGGACAGCCUUCCUCCUCAAGCCCCUCAGUCGCGGCUCCGUCGUCCUGAACUCCACCAACCACGAUGCCACCCCCGUUGUCAACUACGCUACCGGCGCGAACCCAAUAGACCUCGAAAUCAUGGCCGCCUAUGUUGACUACUUCCGCCGCCUCUACUCCACCGACACAUGGCAGGGGCUAGGCGCCGUUGAGAUCGCACCUGGUGCAAAUGUCACCGAGCACGACGCCCUCAUCGAGUACGUCAAGGACAACGUCAUCCAGUCGCUCAUGCAUCCUUGCUGCACGGCUGCUAUGCUCCCCCGUGAGAAGGGCGGCGUUGUCGAUUCGAGCCUUUCCGUCUACGGCAUCCGGGGCCUCCGCGUUGCCGACUGCUCCAUCAUCCCUACCAUCCCUGCUGCCCACACCACCACGACGGCGUACGCCAUUGGCGAGAAGGCUGCUGAGAUCAUUAUCCGCCAGUGGAAGACAGAGGGCAGGGUUUGA